AUGGACCCUGAUGAUGACUCCACCACAGAUUUUACAAAAAAUGAGCUCUUGGUAUUCAAGACUAGCUUUGCAAGACCGAAAUACGCUAACACUUACAGGAUGGAACCUUAUAGAAAAUGUGAGUCUCAUGUAGUAAGGAAGAGAGCUGAAGAUAUUCUAAAGCAGAAACUUCAAGAUUUCAAAUAUAUUGGAAUCAAUGGUGCCCCCACUUGUUCAGUUAUCUCCGAAGAUAUAUUAGCAGGAGUCAAGGAUCUGGGGUUUGAUCGUUACAAGUAUAUAGUUCAGGUAUUUCUUGUGGAAAAGACUGGUCAGUCAAUACAUAUUGCCAGCAGAUGGGUCUGGGAUGUUGCAAGAGAUACUUGGGUUGAAGCUCAAUAUGAAACUGAGAACUAUGUUAUGGUGGUUCUAGUAGUUGCUUCCUAUUUUGAGUAAUUCAUAAAUUAAUUUAUGGACAUUUAUAUAGCAACCUACUCACAACGACUUUAGAUGGCUUACAAACAGUAAGAAAGAAACAUUGUAGCAAUAUAUUGAGAUUUUAUUGUUCUAUUUGCUCAAAUAAAUGUAUUUGCUUUCAACUACACUACCAUUGUGACAAUUUUUGUGCAAAACAUUUAUGUCAAGGUGAUAAUCCUUGCUGCCUGUUCAGUAUUGAUAACCAAACAACUGGGUGUGUUACUGUCUAUAGGUAGUCCUUGGUUAAAGAUAAUUCGUUCAGUGACCAUUUAACAUUAUAAUGGUGCUGAAAGAGUGUUCAUUACAACUAGUCUUGAAUUUCUUGGUUGUCCAGCAUCUCUAUGGCCGCAUGAUUGCAAUUUUUUCAAUCCUGCAGCAUAAUCACAAUUAGUGACCUUCCCUGCCAGUUGAGUCCAGUUUAUACAUAUCCGUAUGGAACUAAAACUCUCAUCUGCUUAUAAUUUAUAAUCUUCAAUUUGGGCGAAACAGUGCAUCAUAGAAGUUUGAAUCAAAAGGGCUAACUUACAGAAUGCAUCCAAAAUCCUCAUUGCUCUCAUGGGAUUGAAAUUUGUUAAAGUUGUGGCCAUUUCAGCAGUUUCUGACUACAUUCCCCAGAAACCCAUAGGUUGCUUGGUGCAAAGGAAAAUGGAAAGAGGUGUAUCCCCAUCCUCUUUCCUCCCUCCCUCUGGCCCCUGUGCCCAAUCAGCUGGUGGCAGGACCCAUCAGGCAAGUGGCUAUUGGCUGUUUUGGAAUAGAGGCUGAAAUUUGAAAUCUCUUAACAACAGUGGCUAGUUUGGGGAAGGAACAAGAGAAUAGUUCAGAUGUCUCCUAGCAAGGUAGAGCUGAUUGGGAGGCACUGAUGUUUCCUUCUUGGAGGGAGGGGGCUCUUGGGGACAAACCAGAACAGGGAACAGGAGUGCAGUUUUGCCC